AGUUUGAAAGUGAGGCCUAAGAAAAAAAUGGAAGGAGAACGAGAAGCAGAAGAAUCUAAUCUCGAUUCAAAAGCUAAGCUAGAAGCCCUAAUUUCAGAUACGGAAGCCAAUAAUAUAGUAACACAUCAAAUGAAUUCCCAAGAGCGAGAAGAAGAAGAUGAUGAUUCUCGUGGUGGCGAAUCGAAAGUGGCAUCGUUUGACCAGAAGGAUAUAAUGAAAGCGCUGGAAGUGGUGGAGAGAGACUCGGUGGCGAUCGCCGAGAGCUUCACUUCUUUGUUCACGUCUCUCCGUCUCGCCCUCUCUGAGGUCACUAGCACUUCAGUAGAUCAUAUGGCUUGCUUCAGUGAUGCUGCUGGCCGCCUUCAAGAAUGUGCUCUUGAUGCAGCAACAAAAGGGAAUCGAUAUAUAAACUCCUGUCUCAGAUUAAAUGAAGAAAUGAAAAGCAUUGACAGUUUAGCCACACAGCUGAAGGUGUUGAGAAGGAAUGUAGACGCUUUGGACUCAGGCAUCAGCAAGCUCCUUCGUCUUACAUGAUGUUGAUCAGCUUGGCAUAUUGAUAUUGUCAGUCAUGAAGACUUCUAUGUCAAUGUAAGUUAUUUAUGCAGGUUUUGCUUGGGAUUUUCUGCAGGGUUAUUCGAGAAUUUCACCGUUCUUUUUCUAAGGUGCUAUUCACUUAGAAAAACUUCAUGUGAUGUGAAUGGCUGGCUGGAAAUUACGACGAUGUGUUUUCCCUUUUUUGCUUGAAGGGUGAAGGCACGGAUUUUAAAAGAAUUUUUGUACGCUUUUUAUUUCAUGCAGAAGCAUUCUUUUACUUGUUACUGAAUGAUACGGCAAUGUAACUAUUACUAGUGUCCUAGUAAGCAAAGAAUUGAUCCCUUGAACUUGAAUUCAUGUUUGCUUCAGUGUUUGUGCAAUCGUUAUCUCCGAGUGAAUUAUUUAAAUACGUGACUAGCAGCUAAUGAGGCAGG